AUGGAACAUCUAUUCUUAUCUUGCCCUUGGACAAGUUCUAUUUGGUCUCAUCCUCUGGUUCGCAACUCAAUUUCUUUUAGAGGUGUUCACAGGAUUGAAAAAUGGCUGCUAGAUCUACUAGAUAACAAAGAGGGCUUACUAGUACUGGAGACUACUGCCUCCAUCCUUUGGCAGAUCUGGAAAGCUCGUAAUAAUUCCGUCUUCCGCCAGCAGAGAUCAAACUCGGAGCAGGUAGUGCAGGUGGCCUUAGCAAACGUCCAGUCCGAUCGGCGCUAUAAUGGAAAAAAGCAAAAUCAGAGUUCUCAGAUCUCAGCAGAAACACAACGAUGGCAGCCACCGGAAAAGGGAGUAAUUAAAAUCAAUAUAGAUGCUUCUUACCUGUCUGCCAUUACUGGAGCAUCGGUGGCCUGCGUUUGCCGUAACUCCUCCGGCUUUCUAAUCGAUGGAUUUACACGCACUGUUAACGCUUCCUCAGCUCUACAGGCCGAGGUGCUCGCCUUUUCUCUUACUCUUCAAUUUCUACUGCAACAAGGGAAAGCCAAAGAUCGAUUGGUGCUGGAAUCGGACUGCGCUGUCCUUGUGGAAGCCCUCCUUCACCCUGACCUGACACCAUGGGAGAGCAGAGCUCUCUUCCACGACUGUGCGUCUCUCUUGCUUCGUUUCCCUAAUUUGCAAAUCCAGUUCUGCAGACGCGAGGCGAACUCUGUUGCUGAUCGGGCCGCAAAAGCCCAUGGGGCUUCUUUACUAUCUUCUGAUUGGCUGUCUUCUCCUCCGUCGUUUUUACUUGAUCUUAUGUACUCGGAUAUGAUGUGGAACGGUUCAUCUAUUUUCCGUUAG